GCAGCACAUUUUACACAACAAACCAGCGGGAUCGCUCAGUCUGAGUCUUUUUUGACGGAUACGUGCCAGCUCAGCAUCUAACAUGCAAUUUUACCAACGCCUGCGGUGACUCGACGCUCGGUUUCUAGCAGAACAUGGCCUCCGCCGGGUCGUCUGGCGGCUCUGUGACAGAGCUCGCCUCCAGACUCUACGACGCAUGCCUCAGUAACUUCCCCAUUGACCAUCUUUUCUACCAACAAGACCUUUUGGGCUUGAACAUCAUUCCCAAGAACGACCUCCCGCUUCUUCUACAGUGCACACAGUCCCUCGUCGACCAGAAACUGCUCCGGCUUCUGCAGGGCAAAAAUGACCGGCUCGCAUGGAAGCUUAUUCCGAGGGAGGAUGCUGAGAAACUUCAGAACCUUAGCCCCGACGAGAGUUUAGUCUACAAUGUGAUUCACUCUACCGGCCGCUCAGGCAUCUGGGUGCGCGCGAUCCAGAACCGCACAAAUCUUCACAAAUCCAUCCUCGACCGUUGCCUCAAAUCCCUCGAGGGUAAGAACUACAUCAAAUCCGUACACAAUGUCAAGUUUCCCAGCCGGAAGAUGUACAUGCUGGCCGGGCUAGCUCCUAGCGAAGACGUCACAGGCGGCGCAUGGUUCACUGACGGCGUACUUGACGAGAACUUUAUUGGCGUGGUCUCCGGGUUCAUCGAGUUCUCCGUUAGCAAGAAGAGCUGGUACGAGGUGCCUGCGUCAGAUAAGUCGCGGCACAAGCGUUUAAAAACAGCCGAUGGCAGUGCUGCAACGACCGUUAAGAAGGAAGGCUCGCAAAAGGAAUACCUACCGUAUCCCCCGGGAUACACGGGAUACCCUACGAUCGCCAUGCUCACAGCCGCCGUCAAUCAAAGUGGUAUCACGCCCGUCCGCCUUGGCGAAGAAAGCGUCACCCAGCUGCUCGAGAUGCUCUGUUACGACAACAAGCUCGUCGCUCUGAACAACGGGGAGUACUAUAAGUCUCUCAAAAACCCAGAGGAAGUCAAAGCGCGUCAAGCCCGCAAACCAGACGAGGAGCUCGCCGCAGCAGACGACCGGCUCGUCCGCAAUGGCAUGACUGAAGUUCCUUGUGGCAAUUGCCCGGUUUUCAACCUGUGUGUGCCCGGGGGUGCCGUUAGUCCUGAAAACUGCGAGUACUUUGAGACUUGGAUUCAUGAGCUGGGACCGCUGUCUUUUUAGCUGGGCUGAACGUGUUUUUAAAAUGUGUUUGUUGCAUAGCGAUGGCGUUGCAUUGCGAUUGAUUAGGGAUAG